AUGCACUCUUUCUUGCCGCGCAGGCUUGAAGGUUCUAGUCUUGACCUCGACUUACACUUCUCGAUCUCCUGGCCGUGUCUGGGUGCGUCGACAGCCACAACUGCCAACCAUGUCAAGAAUAACGCGUAUGCGGAGACUCGCGUCGUUGCAAUUGGCGAUAGCGACACCCUCGCCAGCGUCCAGAGCAACCUUCGUCGCAUGCCGAGCCGUCUCGACGACGAGUGCCACCCGAAGCAAGAAUACAGAAUGGAACCCGAGGACCCUUCAAAUUUGCCGGAAGAGGCACUCGAUUUUCAACCGCGGACCGACAAGACUCCUGCGGCGGUUUUAGAGUCUCGGUUAACACUGCCGCCAAAGCGAACCGAGGCGGCAUCAGAGAAGGAGUUGACUUCCUCAGACCCGACAUAUGUUCCCGCUACCGAGGCAGAAGGACUUGAGGAGAUUGGCGCCUUGAACACUUGGUGGGAUCAGGAGGGUCAUUGGGGAGAAGAGAGUGAAUUCAAGGGAUUCGGCAGUGCGGAAAAGGUGGUGGACAAGGAUGUUGUCGAGGUUUACUUGCGACAGGCCGUUGUUGAGGCUCUUGCUCUUCGAGAGACUGGCGCCUUUUCAGACUGGGCGACGAAGAAGUGGCGAGAGGGACCUCGCAGCGAGCUGGACCAGGUGCUGGCCGCAGAGAUUCAGGUGCAAGGGAGCCAGCCUUCGUUGAAGGGAGAUGUGGCUGCCAUUGCACGGAGUCUCACCGCCGAGGCCGAUGAGACGGAGGCAAUUGAGAAGAUUCAUCCCGAGGAGGCUCGCGAGAUGCUCAAGACGUGGGACGCGUCAUGGAAGGACCUCGUCCUGGAUGACCAACUCAAAUUCGCUCUUCGCAAGCGUCUUUACCAGCUCACGGGCACCCUCAUCGCCGAUGCCAAGCUUGGCGCUGCGCACACUGUCAAGCACGUCUUGACUCUUGCUGCCAAGAAACCCCAGCCUAAGAAGCUGGCUGAACUGCUGGAGACACGAAGCGACCUUCAGGAACUCGCCAAUGUCAAAGUUCACAACCGCAAGAUUGGACCUAUCGAGAAGGAGACCGCCUUGGGUCGAUGGAAGGUGAUUGAGGAGGAGUUGACGAAGCGUGGCUUGCCUGUCACCGGCACGGCAGGCAUGUCAAAGAACAAGGAAAGGGAUUGGAUUUCAGGGAAGAUGUAA